CAUUGCGUAAAGGUGCGAAUGCCGUCAUGAAGUCUUUAGUUGGUCGUUACUGGGAAUUGUCUCGUGACCAAAACAAAUGGUUGAACUUGUACCUCGCAAGUUGUGUUAGGCGCGGCGGAGUACUGAGUAAUGUCAUCGAUCUCGGUGCCACGGUGACAUCUUUGCGGUGUUUUGUCACGCAGAUCUAGUUUUGACUGGUUUAAGCCAGUCCUCGGCGCAUGCGCACUCGGUGUAAACAGGAAGAACCGACUGAAAGCCAGGACAAAUCUCCCAUAAAGAGAAGAAAAUGAUCGAUCAAAAACCAGCGACAGUCUUGUUUUUCCCUUUAUAUUAACCGACAUAGACGUUGUCCUCCACCACCGGAUGCUAGUUUAGAUUGCAUCUUGUGGAAGCAGUCGCUAAGUUUUCGACCAUUUUGAUAGUCUUGUUUAUGCUGCACUCCUACUAACGUGAACGGUGGUCAAUCUUUCUGCUAAACUAUAGAUAUAGUAAAUCACUCGGUGCUCCGUUGAUUUGUCUGAAUUUGGUGACGUUACACUGAGGGAAAUCUUACAAUGGUUCAAAAAGAUAAGGCGCUGGAGAUCCCUGAAGUGGACUGUGAGCCGAGCCCCAGCCCAGUCUCCGGAGAGGCUUGUGAGGAGGCCCCUGUCCCAGUAGAAGAGUCCGACAUUGGAGUCGAACUGACGGGCCACAGGAAGUUCAUCUGCGGUGUCGUGGAAGGCUUUUAUGGUCGACCAUGGACAAUGGAACAGAGGAAAGAGUUGUUCAGAAGGCAGCAGAAAUGGGGACUGAGUACAUACCUUUAUGCACCCAAAGAUGACUGCAAACACAGAAUGUUCUGGAGAGAGCUGUACUCUGUGGAAGAAGCAGACCAACUCAUGACUUUAAUUGGUGCUGCCAAGGAGUAUGGGACAGAGUUCAUCUACGCCAUUUCCCCUGGACUGGACAUCACCUUCUCUAACCAGAAAGAGGUUGCUGCACUCAAGAGGAAACUCGACCAGGUUUCUCACUUUGGCUGCAAGUCAUUUGCCUUACUUUUUGACGAUAUUGAACACAACAUGUGCCCUGCUGACAAAGAGGUGUUCAGUUCAUUUGCACACGCCCAGGUUUCCAUUACCAACGAAAUUUACCAGUACCUUGGAGAGCCUGAAACCUUCCUCUUCUGUCCCACAGAGUACUGUGGGACCUUCUGCUACCCAAAUGUCUCUCAGUCCCCCUACCUCCAUACAGUAGGAGAAAAGCUACUGCUUGGCAUUGAAGUGCUGUGGACCGGCCCCAAGGUGGUGUCCAAAGACAUCUCAGUCGAGUCAAUUGAAGAGGUGUCAAAAAUAAUAAGAAGAGCCCCUGUUAUCUGGGACAACAUUCACGCCAAUGACUAUGACCAGAAGAGGCUGUUCUUGGGUCCAUACAAAGGCCGCUCCACCGAGCUCAUCCCCAGGCUGAAGGGGGUCCUCACGAACCCCAACUGCGAGUUUGAGUCCAACUUUGUAGCGAUACACACUCUGGCCACCUGGUACAAGUCUAAUAUGAAUGGGGUGCGCAAGGAUGUGGUCAUGACGGACGGGGAGGACAGCACAGUGUCCAUCCAGAUCAAGUUGGAGAAUGAAGGCAGUGAUGAAGAACUGGAGACAGACAUGCUCUACAGCCCACAGCUUGCUUUAAAACUGGCUCUCACUGAAUGGCUUGAGGAUUUUGUUCAGCCUCAUCAAUACAACAGCCGACAGGUGUCUCAGAGUGGUGCUCAGAGCACAGCCAUCGACGUGUCAUCCAUGGCUGCUCCCUCUCUCUGCUCUUCCACAACAGAUACAACUGUGUUCCAGCAGCCCAUCAUGUCUGCAACCAUGCCGCCUCUCUGCCUGGAUCCACUCUCACACACCUUGGCAAAAAGACCUCUGGAGGAAGAGGAGGCGGAGGUGGAGAAGAAGGACUCAGAUGAGGAGCCCAUGGAGAUGGUGGUGGAGAAGCUGGAUGAGCCAGAAGCAGAAGCUGACCCAGAGGAGAAGCAGGUUGGUCCUGUUUUAGCGGACAAGAUGGCUGAGGACCUGAAGCCCAUGGAUACAGACAAGGAGAGUCUGACGGAGUCAAAGUCCCCUGAGGAGUCUAUUCUGGAGGACCCUGGGAGUGAUAUUGCCCCGAUGCAGACAGAUGAUCAGCUCAAGCAGGACUUGUUUGUGCAUGGGCUCAAUGAGACGUCCCUGUUCACAGCAGAGCCCCUCACACUUGAGGAUCUGAGCUUGCUGGCAGAGCUCUUCUACCUGCCUUAUGAACACGGGCCCAAGGCCAUGCAGAUGUUAAAGGAGUUCAACUGGCUAAGAGCCAACAGCAGCGUCGUCAGUGUCAACUGCAAGAGAAAGGAAACUGAAAAGGUAGUAGAAUGGCAAUUAAGGGCAGAGAAGUUUGAGGAGAUGUGCAGCUCCGUCAUCCAGAUGUUCACACGGCUGUCCAAUUCCGCCAACCGCACCAUCCUGUAUGACCUCUACUCUUACAUCUGGGACAUCAAGAGCAUCAUUUCUAUGAUCAAGUCUUUUGUCCAGUGGCUAGGGUGUCGUAGUCAGUCCUCAGCACAAUUCCUUAGAGAAGACCAAGAACCCUGGGCCUUUAGGGGAGGUCUAGCAGGAGAGUUCCAGAGAUUGUUGCCAAUAGAUGGGGCAAACGAUCUUUUCUUCCAACCGCCACCUUCAAUGCCAACCUCCAAAAUCUAUUCCAUAAGGCCGUACUUUCCCAAAGAUGAGACUGCGAUUUAUCAAAUCUGUAAAGAAAUGUACAGUGAAGGAAUGGAGGAUGUACCGGUCUCUGAUGAUUCUGAUCUCAUAGGAGACAGGUUAGUAGGUGGUCUCCUGACACUGAGUUCAGACUACGGGUUUGUGCUCGAGGAUGACGAAGGGAUCUGUGGUUAUGCUCUUGGUACUGUGGAUGUCCAGCCCUUCGUCAACACAUGCAAGUUGAACUGGAUUCCCUUCAUGCAAGAGAAAUACCUCAAACCUGACUGUGAGAAGGACCUCACAGAGGCAGAAAAAAUGAUGCUGAGUUUCCACGAAGAGGAGGAGGGUCUUCCUGACUCUUUCCUCUCCAACUUCCCCUCGCUCAUCAAAGUUGACAUUCAUGCCAAGGUCACUGACCCCAGUGUGGCCAAAAGCAUGAUGGGAUGUCUUCUAUCUUCUCUUAAGGCCAACGGAUCCCUGGGUGCGUUCUGUCAGGUUCGUGAGACUGAUAAGAGAAUGUUGGACUUUUAUAGUAAACUGGGAUGCUUUGAAGUGGCCAAAAUGGAGGGCUUUCCCAAAGACGUCCUCAUUAUGGGACGAAGCCUAUGAAGAAACAUCCUGCUUCAAUAAAAGACAGAGACAGCAAGUCAAUGUGACAGAAACAUGUUUGCUACCUUCAUGAGAAUAACUCCCAUGAUGAUUUUAUACUACAUUACCAUCUGGGCAAGCCCCGGGAAACCUCUUUUUAGGAUUUGUGUACAGAAGCACAGCAGUCGCACACAGAUUCCCUGCGCUGCCAUUUAGAUGUUAUGGCUCUGUUGGAUUCAGCUGAUUCGAAGCUGAAAGGCUGACGAGUGAUCUGUAAUCGGUUGAUUUGAGCCAACAUGGAAGAGUGGCACUCCAGCAAUGAUUGUUGGGUCCCACUACUCGUAUACCUCGAAGAGGCAAGAAGUGAAAACUCCACACGCCUUUUUCUGAUUUAAUCCAGUAGUCAUUACAUGGAUAUUGCCCACAUGCCCUAAUGCAAAGUGUCUGUAUCUAAAAGAGACAGAGCUGUAAAAUGAGGGUAGCCUGCAUCUCAGGUGAUGUCUUACUACCCCGACAUCCGGCUUUCCCAGCUUUGGCAGAGAGAAAUAACGCAGCUGUUGACAUUAGUAGGAUACCUUUUAUAGAGGAUGUGAGGUGCUAUAUAAGAGUUUAUCUUUCAUCAUCACAUCAUGGGUUUUCCAGUUGCUCCACAAUAGACUUGGAAAAAGAGGCCUUUUAAGUGGCUUGUUUCUAUUAAAAUCUGGUGUGAAAUGCUGAGCCUGCACACAUGAAGGGUGGACAAGGAGUUGUAACAGAUUGUUAAAGACCAGCAAGGGGAAAGUAUUUUUUUUUAAUUGUUAAAGACUCAACCAGGAAAUCCUCUGAAUUUUUGUUAAAGUAAUAGUAGACAUUUGGAAAGCAAUAGAAACGCUUUCACAAGUUUACAAACCAAAGCCUAUUUCUGUUCAGCGCUUUGCUUGUGGCCAUUUUUUCUUUUUUUAUAAUUCAGCCGUUUUUGCUUAUUUCCCUUUUUGAGCUAUUGCCUUUUGGUUCAUUGCCUUUUGGAUUUUAAGUUUAUUUGGCAGACCAUAGUGUCUUUUGUUGUUUUAAAGGCUUUCUUUGACGUAUUGGUCAGUUAUAGCUAGAGUAGGGUCAUUUUAGGACAUUGGCCUUGUUGCUCUUACUUUGGCCAGAUCCCAAACAUCUGGUGAACCUAAGCUAACUGACAAGGGCAUCCCUAUUGGAGAGAAUUCCGACCAGCUAGUUAAAUGAUGUCAAAUUCAUUUAAGUAAUAACUUAAAGUUACCCUUUUAUAAUAAUGAACUCAAAUCAACAUGUUAUCCUAGCAGGACCCGUGGGACCAAAUGCUUGAUUUUCUGAUCUGUUAUUAAGAAGGAAAAAAUGUAAUCCUCACACAAAUUUACAUUGGAAUGCAUUAAUUAUAAUAAGUAAGACUUCUAAAGACUUAAAAGCAUUAACCCUCCCACUGUCACAAACCUUUUCUUAAACAAUAAUUCCAAACCUAAAGCAGCAGGUGAUCAAGACUGUUCAAGAGAUAUGUGCUUUGCUAAAAAGAAAUAUAUAUUUUUGCUUUCUAUUGGUAAUAUAAAGUAAUUAGUUUACGUCUAUCAGCUUGCAUCCCUCCUUGCAUUGUGUCAACACGGUAUCCUCUCAAACGAAUGUCUUCUCAGAGAAGCCUCGGUGAGCACUCUUCGUAUGCGGUCACCAAAGUGGCUCUCAGUUGGGCUGUAUAGUUGUGGGGGCUUGGAGCAGAAAUUCCUCGAACUUUUCCGAUCUGUCCAUAGAAUGUUUUAUAUUCUGAUGCAUUUCCCAUUUGUUUUUUGUAAAUCUUAUGUAGUUGAUUUAAAAAGAAGCACUUGGACUCUAGGUAGGUGUGUACUGUUGGUUACAUGAGAACCAUCCGUUGCUUCUCAGUAGCUGUCUGCCAAUGUGAUGUUUUGAUACUGUGUACAUUCAUAGUGUGCAUGAGGUGUAUUGGAUUUGCCGUAACGGUUAUUAGAACAACCUCAUCUUAUGCUACAUUGAGGAGGAAGCAUGCCACUCACCUCUAUGAGCAUGAUACUGUAGAUCAUAGACAGUCAAUCAUAAAGUGUUUGUUAUUUUGUAUAUCAUUAUUGAAAUUGUGGCUAUUUUUCAGUUAAAGUGCUGGCCUAGUUACAAUGCCCAGUCUUGUACAGCUAUCCAAUUUUCUGUGUUGCAGCAAGGUGUGAAACACACCCACAGGUCUGCUGUCCGUCUUCUGACAUAGCGGCAGAGUUGUCAUUGUUUUAAAAUGUUCAUGUUGCAGUUGGUCGAUGCUCAAGCUUUCUUAUCUGCCAAGAUAAAAGUGGGCUGGGAUUGAGGGAAGGGCUCAAAUUGUACAGUUUGAUUAUCUGAGUUUAGGGUGGGGAGGGGUCAUAAAAGUGACACUUUACCAAUGUAAAAUACAUAAGAUUAAAAACUAAUAAACCAUGA